UUCUUCAGUCUUUAGUCAUAGUUAUCGACUGUGGUCUUCGCAGCGGCCUUCUGAAGCAUGAGCCACAAUGAUUGCUCUCUCUGUUCUUGAGGGUGAGAGAUUGAGAUCGAUCUCAAACCUUUAUUAGUUUUUCUUCGCGUCGAUUGCUGUAAAGCUCCACUGCCAUCAUUUCCGGCAUUGAGAAGGAAAGCUGGCCGCUUUUCGCGGAGCAGAAAAAAAGGUGUUUUUGCCCCCUUCGCCGUUGCCCUCAUUGGCCCCUGUACUGUUGAAAUCCAGUACAUACUCUACGAAUUCAAAAAGGUAUUCCAGAAAAUAAAAAUUAGCAGUUAAAUCUCCCCCCGCGAUCGAAGGGCGCUCUCGCUUCUCAUGGCAGAAGAGGAGCGAAAGGAGGAAAACCCUUGCCCUCCCAUCAUAACCCCAAAGGAAAGCGACGGGGAGAAAGAAUACUCGCUCUCUUCUCGAGUAAGCAUGUUUGGCUUCCGUGAAGUGGAUUCCUCUGGUUGCGUUUUUUAUUUGUUUGCUUCUUGUGUGAAGGUGAUUUCUUUGCUUUGGGGAGAUUUAACUGGAUCUGCACAGGCGUUCGAGAGAUGGGUGGCUCUGGUGCGUAAUCGCAGCGGUAAGUUCCGGCCAUCUGGUUUUCCCCACCGGCAUUCAAAGUUUGAAGCAACGCCCGGUGGGAGAUUCUCGUUCGACCAUGACCAGAGUACCAAGACACCACACAUGCGAGAAUUGAGUCACAACUUAGUUAAUGCAGAAACAUGUGUCCAAUCACCAGAAAUGAGUUUGUGGGAAAGGCUAGGAAAUGCUUCAAAUUUGGACAUUGAAUCCAAUGACUUCUCUUGGGAUGCUCUUUCAUCUCUGCAUCAUACAGAACAUACCAGUAGUAGUGAACAUUCUGAGGAUGAAAUGAACAAAGCUAUGGAGGUGACUGUCAAUUCAGGAGGUGUUGUUUUCUUUGCCUUAUUCAACAGAACUGCCGAUUCAUCCUUAAAUGAAGCAGCGGCGGUAAUAAAGAUUGCAUCCUCAAGGCUGGCCACACAGUCAGAGCGCUUAGGUUAUGAAUUUGCAAAAUGGAUUGGUGUCGGUACGCCUCAGGCAAGAGUAAUACAUAAUUCCAGUCCCGAGUGGCAUCAGAUUAAGGUCGCUACAGAAAAUGCACGUGAUGCAGCAGUUGCAGCUGGAGAUGAAGUUGGUGAGCUAACUUGUUCAGAAUUGUUGGAAGCUCUCGAAUUAAGUCGAUGCCUCUUCCUAAUGAAUUAUGUGCAUGGAUCACCACUUCUUGAGAGCUCAAAUGUAUUUCAAAUGCGGGAAGCCGCUCUAAAAGCAGCAGGAGCACUAGGCAGAGUUUUGAUGUUAGACCUCGUACUUAGAAAUGAGGAUCGACUCCCCUCUCGUCAGCUGGGGUGGCGCGGCAACUAUGCAAAUCUGUUAAUUGCAGAUAAGGUGACAUCUGAAAGCAUUGAUGCAUUUUACGAAGAUGUUUUUUGUGCUAGUAGUUAUGCCCCACAGGUAACAAGGUUUCUACAGAGAGAGAGAAGAUCAAACUCAACUAGUGGAAUAUCUGAGCCUCCGUGUCAGAGCUUGGAUGAAGUUAAUGAGGUUGGGGAAAGAUCAUUGAAGAAGGAAAUUGUAAACGAUGACAGGAAGAGUGAGUUCCAUGUUGUGGCCAUUGAUUCUGGUGUCCCUCGACGACCUCCUGCAGGCAAACGAGCUAAAGAUCAGGAACGAUACCCAAAGCUUGUCGAAUUGUUACUUAACAGUUUUGAGUACUCGUCGAGCCUGUUAUAUGAGCUAUCGGGAGGUAGAUUGGGACAUCCUGGACCAGACGAGGGAGGUUCACAAAAUGACUCAUGCUCUUCCCUUGAUGAUAGAGACACAGAAGCAGCUGUUCAUGAGUUCCGAGGAGGAUUUCGUGCGGCUCUCAGGGAUCUUCAGAGCAUCCAUGUAUUCCUCCUUACUCUCUACCAGAAAUUGGAUGGCCUAUUGCGCGUUUACCUCUCGAUAAUUAGUAAAAGCUCUGGAGAAUCUGAAAGAGAUGAGACAGGGACAUUAGACUCCCCAUCUCACUUGAGUGGAUUUGCUUUAGGUACGCCCUCGCCUGCAAUCAAGCAUCAGAUUGUAAAUGAUGUGGAAUUAAACGACCCUUUGAUGCAAAAAUCAACUCCAAAAUCUUCGCCCCCUGGAUCACGAGGAAGUCCUGAAUCUGCUUCUCCAAUCUCAAGGGACUGGAAUGGAAGAAACUUCAAAGGAAGUGAGGAGUCUCGUGGCCUUCGGUUGACAAUGAAGCUUCGCGACUUUCACAAAUUGGGAAAGGUAGAUGCUGAGCUCAACAAAGAGAUAGACCAGUGGAAUGGACUGCUUCGCACCGAUGUGGUUAAGUUUUGCCAGGAAAAGAAUUUUAAUACCGGAUUCUUCGAAGGCAACGAUAAUAACAUUGUUGUUGAUGCAUAUGAGCUGAAGGUACGACUUGAACAUAUACUUGAAAGGAUAGCUCUGAUAUCUGAUGCAGCAAGUACUGAGAGGCCGUCGCUUGUUACUAGUAACCUGUUUGUUGGUGGUGCUCUUGCUGCAAGGUCCAAAUACACCCUUCAGCACUUGGGCAUUACUCAUAUUCUCUGUUUGUGUUCGAAUGAGAUUGGGCAAUCAGAUUCUCAAUAUCCCGACCUUUUUCAGUACAAGAACUUCUCCAUAAGUGAUGAAGAGGACACAGAUAUCAGUAAUAUCUUUGAGGAAGCUUCGGAUUACAUUGAUUAUGUUGAACGAUAUGGAGGAAAAGUUUUAGUUCACUGUUUUGAAGGAAAAAGUCGCAGUGCAACCGUCGUGCUCAGUUACUUGAUGCUAAGAAAGGGUUACACUCUUUCAGAAGCUUGGAGCAAACUGAAGAGGGUUCAUAAACGAGCCCAACCGAAUGAUGGAUUUGCAAAAAUCCUGCUAGAUCUCGAUAGAAGGAUACACGGCAAAAUAUCUAUGAAUUGGCAGCACAAGAGGCCGGUGAUGAAGGUGUGCCCCAUCUGUGGAAAGAAUGCUGGGUUGAGCACAAGCUCACUCAAGCUUCACCUCCAGAAGAUCCACCGAAGCAUCUCCACAGGGAGCGUUGAUAGUGCAGUGAUGAUUGAGAUACAGAAGGCCGUUGAGGCACUCAAGAUUAGCCGCGGGAACAACAUUAGCCCGAACAGGAAGCAGUUCACAGAUAGACUUUAGCAUGAUCUAGAGCUUGGUCAUGCUCACAUCCAUUCUUUGUUCUUUCAAAUCAUCCCAGUGACUGGAGAAGUUUUGAUGAUGAUAAAUGGUGAUAUUUAACAUGAUUUUGGAAGAUGUUUAGAAGUGUUUGUUCCAUCAAAUGAUUUGAUUAAUUAAGCAGAUUUUUUUUUUGCUCUGUAAUCCCAGUAAAGUUAUUAUUGUAUAAUCUAGUGGUCAUGAAUUUGAGUUGUGAAAACUUCUUAUAAUGCAAGAUAAAAUUGUGUAUAUUAAAUAUAAUAUUAUUUGGUUUUCUAAAAAA